UCUAAGGGGUUAGUGUCAGAAAUAUCUAUUCAUUCAUCUACCGACACUUCUGUGGGCUCCCCUUUACCAUUCAGACAAGGAACUCAUCCGGCGGCUCCACAAUGUCAAAUGCUUCAGACUCUGAACAACCUCCAGAAAUCACAGAGCAGACAGAGAUAAUCCCUAUUGCGGACUUGGAAUCGCCUCUUCCCCUUCCUCCCCCGCCUCCUCCUCCAGAGGAUGAGUGGGACCCAAUUCCUGAGCACAGCAAUAGGAAUGCUUCUGCCUUCCCCUUUUCUGUAUAUGGAAUCAUUCCAGUGGUCCUGGGAAUCUUCAGCCUGCUGCUCUUGAUGUUAUGUGGAUUCUUUGGUUACCAAUACUUUCAAAGUAUUCUGGCAUCUGAGAAAAAGAUGAAGGAUCUUAACCAAUGGAUUGAGUCUUUCCAAGACAAAUCAGAAAGGUUUCUUCAGAUCCAAAAAGUUCUUUACCAAAAUAAAGAAACCCUUGAACAGCUCCAAAAGGAGAAUGAGUAUAUUAUUGAGGCUUUGGAAGAACUAAAUGCAAAACAAGGAGACUGCUGUGGGUCUCUGCAUCACUGGGUGCAACACAGAGACUAUUGCUACCACCAAAGCAUAGAAAUGGUUUCUUGGUUAAACUGUUCUGAUCUUUGUGUCACUUUGAAUGCUACAUUUUUAAAGACCGGAAGGAAUAGAUUGAAGAAUAUCAUGAAGCUACUUGCAGUGAAUCAGACUUGGCUUGGCCUCUCUUAUAAGAAAGCAGACAAUGAAUGGAAGUGGGAGGAUGGCUCUUCUCCUUCUCCUGACCUGGGUUUACCAGAGCCAAGUCCAGAUUUCCAGGGGAAAUGUGUGUAUGCAAAUGCACAUACCAUUGGUUUUGAUAACUGCACCAGGUCCUUUUCAUGCAUGUGUGAGAGGGCUGCCCACGAAUAAAUCAGAAGAAGAAUGCAAAAGAAGAGCUGUGAGGUUUGAAUCUCCAUAAUAUUCCAGAUUCAAGAUUUGCCUGUCGUUAGUCUACUGUUAUUUCGUGUUAUUUGUAAAUCUUUUUUUUCAUGGCACAAAGAGAUAAAUGAGUUUAUGAUAGAAGGACACAGGGUGUACGAUCAUAGCAAAAAUAUCAUGGUAGCCCAGAAAACUGAAAUUUCAGAGCUUCUUUGUUUUGU